AACGGCGCGGGUUUUGGUUCGAGUUUUACAUGACUCCGUUGAUUACCUAACCAAUAAAAGAUUACACAAACGGUUGUGCCUCGUCAGUACUGAAAAAGGAUUACGUAUUCUGUUGCGGCGUAACUCAUGGUUCUCCAAUUCGCCCGCAGAGUGUUUGGCGGUGUUCUCCAGUUGCGCGCCGCAAAGAGCGCGGCCGUGAGUGUGUGUUAGUGGUGUUGUGUUGUUCCAGCGUAAAAAGAGUGAAUGAGUGAGUGCCUGCGUUGCUCUUCAGAAUAUUGGUCGUCCCUCCAGGCGCAGUAGAUUCUGCACCCACCGCCCCCUCUUUCCACAAUAUGGCCGUGUUACGUGAACGAUAAAUUCUGGAAUCUCACGGAAUCUCAUUCUCUCCGAAAAUAGCGCGAGCAAAAGUGUGUGAUGUGUUUUUUGCGCCGAGCUUCUUCUGGAUGUGUUUGUUCAAGAAUUACGUGCCGAUUUUAUGCUUCAUACGGCAUUUGUGCCUUCGGCUUCUUGGUGACAUAAUCCAAAAAGUCUUCGCGUUAUAUAACGCAACGCAACGCUUCUCUUUAGUGGCGAGCGAUGAUAAUACAGCACCAAGUGAUCUGACACGAAAAUGUAAUUACAUAAAUUUGCAUAGUCAGUGGACGCAGUGAAGAAUUCGUCAAACGGUGUUAUUUUCACAUCAGCGCUCAUAAAAGCCGGCAGUCGAAGAAGAGUUGAAACAUUAUUCUUGCGGCGAAGGAUAAUAGCAUACGCGACCAGUAACUUGUGAGUGAUCUCAUCCCCCUAUAGCUAGCCGGAGGAACCAGUAGGAACGAAGCGUUUCCGGGGAAGCGCCAUUGUCUGCUUCGCAAGUGGCAAGUGGAGAAAUUGAAUUUCCAAGCGUGCAAUCAAGCGCACUUCUCCGUUCUUUCUCCGGCGAAAAGUGGAAGUCCAGUGUUAUUUGCAACGGAGUGUGCGGUUAGCGCGAAUAAAAAUGCGCUCUUGAGAAAUUCGUUAGAAUUUUCCGACGCAACACAGAAGAAGAAAAAAAAUAUAUCGGUGAAGGAAAGUGCCCCCGGUGCGUGUUAAUGAAGUGAUUUGAAUCGUUCCGAGCCUGGUUCACGACGGCAGCGGUGGUAAUGACGAAGAUUGAGAUGAUCGUGUGGGGUGUUUAGAGGUUUAGAUCGAAUCACACCCAAGUAGAAAAAAAAUAGUGCAAGUGAGCAGGAGAAAAUCAGGUCGAGCACGUGUCAAAUGCGCCGCGAUCUCCGGUACAAGUGCGGUGUCCUCGGAAGCGUAAGGUGGGGCCGGUUUUGCACUGUUCCAAAAAUAGAUUGCACACUACCUGUGAGAGGGAUUAAUUGCCGCUAGUUAGGAAGUGUGAGGAGAAAAUUAAUAAACCGUUUGCGAUACUUCACAGCUGCGGCUGCGAUGGCGGCGAUGACAGAUCUAGCAAAGGAUGCAUUUAUGAGCCGUGAUUACCUGUUGGCGUGCGAACUGUUCGAGCAGUAUUUUCGGGAGUACUGCGAGUCUCGGCAGGUCAGCGAGACGGUGACGAGUGAUAUGAGCGCGGAAUCGAGCACACCAAGCGGCCAUCCGCGCCGGCAGCUGCUCUCCGUGUACUACGGCUACGGGGAUUCGCUGGCGAAGGCCGGGCGGCUCGAGGAUGCCCUGGACGUGUACGCGCACAUUAGUGGGACACUCGAGUGCGGGGGGUUGAUCCCACUGGACAAGCUGAAGCAUCUGACAGCCUCGCUGAUCGAGGCCGUCCUCACCAAGCGGACCAAUGAAUCUAGUUAUAGUUUGAAUAAAAUUUGUAGUGAUAGUGCCGUAGACCCACUGUGCUGCCCAAUCUGUGAAGAUGUGUUGCGUUAUCCGGUGACGGCCACCUGUGGUCACACCUUCUGCCGACAGUGCUGCUUCGGUCACACCCAGUGCACUGUUUGUCACCAGAGGUUUCCGACGAUCUCCAGUUGUUCCCAGUCGGGACAGACGCUUUCCGUCAGCCCAUUGGGGCUGGGAGCGUCGGCAACGACCACAUCGUCGUUGACCCUGCUGCCGCCGCCGGUGGGAGGUAGCGCCGCACCAUCGACAGCUACAUCGUCAUCAACGGCGAUUAACCAUGACAAAGUGGCGUCGGACGUUCCUGCGGAUGUCGCUGAUACAGUGACGCUUGUUGCUGCUGCUGAAAACGAUAGUGGCGAUAGUUUGAUCGGUUUCGAGCAGGACAUUCUGGUGCGCCGACUGGUCGAACGUUGGUGGGGUCCGGAGCUUAAGGCUGCUGAGCUGAACGAGGAAACCCAGCGUUACCUGGACAGUAACGCGCUGGAUGACGCGUUACGCAGUUGCAACCAGAGUCUCGAACACGCACCAAACAGCUACAAAGGCCUGCUGCUACGCUCCGAGGUCCUGUACCGGUUGCAGCACUACCAAAGCGCCCUGGCGGACGCCGACAACGCCCUGAAAAGCCGCCCAACGUCGUACAAGGCACACUAUUUCCGGGCCCUCUCGCUGACGGCACUUGGCAAAUCGGAACAAGCCAUAAUCUCCCACUGCAUAUCGAUAUUCCUGGACAAACAAUCGAUGUGUGUGGCCAGCGGGAUAAAACACGAUCUUGCAAAGGAUCUUCAAAAAAUACUCGCAGCGGCCCGGUCGGAGCCAAAACCUCCCCUGGCCGUGGUUGAUCCGCUGUCGCUCAUCUUCAGCACGCCGUACUCGCUGAUGAGCACCCGCAAACGGCGCCACCAUCGCAUUCUGUCCGCCCACAAGCACAAAGCGAAAAAGCAGUAUCUGACGCUACGGACGGGCGACUUCGACGAGGACCAUUCCGACUGCGGCGACGAGGAUUACUUCCGGUCCAGUUUUUUCGACGAAAUGGAUGACUUCUAUCGGCAGACGAUGAAUCCGCCGCACCACCGGCGGAAAUCGCUGACGGCGUUCAAUCUGAACAUAUUCAAUCCGCGGAUGGACGUUCCACUGUGCGUCGAGAGCGACUCCUAUCAGCUUUCGCAGAAGAACCAGCGGUUCCAGCACUCGCACAGUAGGCACGAGCAGACAACAGUCAUUCCAAAGCCCAACUCGAAACUGCGAUCGUUUGUUGAUCGAAUGGCCAAAGAGUUGGAGUUGGUGCGGUGGGCCGAAGGCAAUCCGGUGCGGUUGCAGGCCGAUCCGGCGAACAUCGAAGCAUCCGACUUCGACUGUGUUCUUUGCUGUCGUACCCUAUGGCGUCCAGUGGUGACCCCGUGUGGUCACACCUACUGUUGGGUUUGCCUCGAUCGCUGCAUGGACUACUCCUCGUCGUGUCCGCUGUGCAUGGCCCCCCUGAUCGAACAGUUCCGGCAGCAUAUGGUGAACAACAGUAGCAAUCUCGCACUGCUGGCCGCCAACAAUCCUACUCUGAUCUCAUUGUCUAGGCGUAAGGUAACCAAAUUUGUGGAGACGGCCAUGCAGCGGUUCAUUCCCGAACCGUACGAGAAACGAAAGCGCCAGGAGCUGGACCGCGAACCCACGGUUCCGGUAUUCAUCUGCACAACUGCAUUUCCCUCAGUGCCAUGUCCGCUGUUUGUGUACGAGCCCCGGUACCGGCUGAUGGUGCGGCGGGCGAUCGAGAGUGGCGAACGGCAGUUCGGAAUUGCGCUGCCCCAGCAGAACGGCCGUCAGCGGUACGUUGAGUACGGAACGAUGCUGGACAUCCGGGACUGCGUGCAGCUGGGAGACGGAUGCUCCAUCCUGUCCACCGUCGGUGGACGUCGUUUCCGGGUGGUGGCCCGGCACGAAAAGGAUGGCUACGAUACCGCGAACGUGGAAUUCAUCGAGGAUGACAAGAUAGAUGGUAGUGGGGUCGGAGCGGCUGGAGUCGACGACGAGAAGGUGCAUUUAAUUCGAGAGCUUCACGAAAAGGUGCUGCUCAAGGCGAUCGGCUGGCAUCAAAGUUUGCCGGAGAAUAUCAAGUGUGAGAUAUUCAAGAGCUUUGGCCGGAUGCCGCAGUUGGAGAGCAACUGGGUGGACGUGGUGGACGGACCGGCGUGGGCGUGGUGGAUCAUCGCGAUAUUACCCCUGAGUCAGCAUUUGAAGGUCGACAUUCUAUCCACCACAAGUCUGGAGAAACGGCUGCGGGCUAUAGACAAGACCCUAAACCUCGAAUCGGCCCAGCAAAAGCGGAAACGAUCGGUGUGCGUAGUUUCAGCGUCGCCUGCGUCUCCACCACCAGCCAGCUGUUGCGAUGGUCUGCAACCGAACGCUGCAACACACCAGCAUCAACAGCAGCAUCAGCAACAUCAGCAGCAACAACAAUGCCAAGCAAUGGAUUGUUGCCUACGAGAAAGAACUACCUCAACACAUCAUCACCAAGACCACAACCACCACCACCAUCAUCAUCACCACCACCAACACCAUCACGACAGUGAUAGGAACAGUCCUGGAGAUCACCAGCUCAGCCAACCCGCGGAUGCGGUGGACUAUCUGCUUUGAAACGUCCAUCCUUCCCGCUCGCACCCCUGAAUGCCCCCCAAAAAGGCAACCAAAAAGGGUUCUCUUUCUAGAAUGUCUAAACAAACUCGUAUUUCAAUUGGAAACAUUCGUGGAUCAAGCUGUAAACGUUUUAAUCGUGUAAAAAAAUGCCAUAGAUAAAUAAUAGUUAAAAUCAAUACCAGAAGCAGGAAAACACCUUCCCUAUGAUCUAUUUUUCUCUCAUAGUUACCUACCAAUAGGAAACCCUAGACAAAUAAUGCAAAGCAAAGCGAGCGCGCGCGCAAAAUUAAGGAUGGGAGAAGACCCGAAGGAGAUAACCAAGACACCACACAAAACACACCGCGCGGAGAACUAACAGUGCGCAAACAGCAGUAUGUGAGUUCUCAGCUUUGUUUUAAACUCGACAAAGCCCGCGAUCAAAUUUUAACUCUUAUCCUAACGUACCAAAUUUUGAAAGUUAAAGCUUUAAUUGACACACUUUUCCAUAAAAAAAAAACCUUUUCUCUCCCGUUCAUGUCGUUCUAUAAUCAUAUUACAGUAAGCGCUUACCUUAAUAUCUUAUACGAAGCAAAACUUAUACGGAAAAACCAACUUAUAUUCCAUGAUUAAAAAUCAACUUUACCAUUUCAAUUUCGAACCAAAAAAAAGUUUUAUCCUUUCUCCUAUUACUACGAGUAAUGUUCUAACUCUUUUUAACGAGUAAUAUCUUUAUUCUUUUCUCAAUUGUACGUGUGUGUGCGUGUGUUUAUAAUUCUAUUUGCAUAAACAGCAAAAUUUUUACGCCUUCUGCUGUUGUGAUCGUAUGCUGGGAUUGUAAAUUUUGAUGUUAGACUUUGGUUUAUACGUUUUCAAGGCAUUCGAAAAGAAUGAAGUGUACAACACAGCUGCCGCUUGUACGAAACCAUUUAUAUUGAAGAAGUUUUAGGGAACAGAGGGACUAAUUGCUUCUAAUUGGCGGAUCAUGCGAAACAAGGAAACAGCCAACGAGAGUGAUGAAAAUCUAUCUAUAUCUAUGAAGAAAGGGCAUAUCUCUAACAGUCUAAACCAGCAAUGCUCAACCUUUUCGACGUAGGACUGCGUUUUUCAUUCCUAUGCUGGGGUGUAAGUUCAAAGUUUCUGAAACGAGAGAGUUGCAUUGGAGGAAAAAAAAAACUUGAGCGUUACUACCUCUCUGCCGGCUGAACGGCCUACGAGCUGUAUGUUUGUUACUUAUGGAUCCAAAAGCUUGUUUCGAUAGCUUAAAAAUAGCUAUCAAAAUAACAAAAAUCUCUAAAUAAGCGAGUACCAGCUCGGAAAUCCACUAAAACACUGCGCUCUCCCUAACCAUCCCGUUUCUCUUUGGCUACCGAUCAAAAUGAAGCCUACACUAGCGAAAAACGAUUUUUGGAUAAUGUGUGUAUAUCUGAUUUUUGUGCCAAAAAAUCUCUUAGCAAAACUACCUUUUCAUGGCUCCCGAUUUUUUCCUUAGUUUUCCACCGAAGAACGCAGCCUGAGAUUGGGAUUGGGUAAACUGUACACUUCGUGGUUGUUCUCCAUGAUUGACCUGAAAUAGCGAAAUUGCACGAAGAACACACCCAAUGGCGCUUGGGAGUAGCAAAACAUUCUCAUUACGCAUGUUUCGACGAAUUUAUUCAUUUAUUUUCAAUGAUGCUACAUCCUAUGAAGAGAGUGGAUCUUAUUCACGCCAUUGUUCCGCCAAUAAACCCGAUCCACGGCUGCAGUUCUCCAGAUCCCGGCCGCACCGAUUCUUGCCAAGUCCUGCUCCACCUGGUCCAACCACUUCGCUCGCUGGGCUCCUCUCGUUCUUGUUCCCACCGCAUUCGAUGCGAACACCAGCUUUGCAGGGCUGGGUUUUCCGAAUUGCCCUUUUUUGAGGCUAGAGAUAGAUGAACUUAGAAUUAUUCAUAAUCAUAUCACUUAUCUCAGUGAAUCCUGAUUCUUACCUCUUCCCACUAACAACUACCUCUCCCUUGAUAACCGUUGGGGAACUACGCUACAGAGCCGCUACAGAGCUACUUGCACAAUGAGAAUGGUUUGCUACCCCCAAUCGUCAUUCGGUGAGUUCAUUGUGCAAUUUUGCUGGUUCUGGUCAAUCACGAACAGCAACUAUGAAGUGUAAAGUCUACCCAAGCUCAAUCUCUGCUUCUGUCUGUCAGUGCAUGCUCUGUACUAUGCUUAUUUCGCGCAUAUUUUGAGAAUGUAUUCUGAGGCGAAAAAGACGGAUGAGUCGGGGACCUAACCGGAGAGAUGUGAGGUUACAUCAAGAACUGUUAAUUGAAAUGACCUAUGAAAUACCCGAAUAGUUUUGACGUAGGAUUACAUCUUUCAUUUCUGUACCGGGGUGUAAGUUCAAAGUUUCAAAAACGAGAGCGUUACACUAGGAGUGCAAGGUUUUGAACGGUCAUACCUCUUUGCCAGCUGAACAGAGUGGUCUGGCAAUCACUUUAAUCGAAAAAUGAAAUGUCCAAGAGUUAUAUACUUGUUAAUUAUUGACCCGAAAACUUGUUUCAAUAGUUUAAAAAUUGUUUUGAAAACAGAAUAUUGAAAUCACACAAAUUUUAAUAUAAGCUGGCGCCCGCUCGGAAGUCCAUUUAGUUGUGAUUGCGAUGAGGGUAUUUCGGUUAAAUCAGCUUAUCAAUGGAACCACAUUGAUGAAAGCAGCAGUUUUAAUAUCAUUUGUUCACGAAUGUCGCAUUCGAUUAAUGAUUCUAAUUGGUGGGGAGGGAGGUUGUUAUUUGUGCUAGGUAUUCCCGAGGAGGAACUAGGAUUGGGCGAUCUUUAUAAAAAGAUCGAUCUUGUCGAAUCGAUCCUCCAAACGGCAUAGGGAUCGAUCCACCGAUUAAAUCGGUGCCGAAGAAUCGAUCUUUGAAAAUAUAAAGCUUUUUUUUGACUUAUCUGCUUGUUCUAUAUGAAUGUCGACUUUCAAACAUCAAAAGCUUUUUUUUUGUUCCUCAACAUAAAGGCCACAGCCACAGGACAUUCAUCUGGGCCGUCAGACAAUCGUUUUAUUAAAUAAAUUAAUUGAUAAAGCAUUAUUAGAAAUUCACCAACCGCCCAGGAACUCCCAAAACAGCCAAUCGUCCCAUACAUCUGUCAUUUAGUCGAAGCCGAUUCUUAAUUUUGGCGCUAGAUCUAAAAACAACCUUUCGCCUGUAAUUAAUGUCAACAUCAGGUUCAGUGAUUCUAUGCGCAACUGGUUACAGUACUUUCCCUCGGUAGCUGCCGUUAGUUCUGUCUCUGUCAGCCUUUGCACCGAAGUAAAUCGUAGAAGAAGCGAUCCAAAUGUUGACAUUAUGUUUACACAAAAUUUUCGGUGACCUUUGGUUUUCCAAUUUACCAGUUUUUCUAAGAUCGAAAAAAUCGAAAGCAAAAGAAUCGAUUUUCUCCAGUACAAAAGAUCCAUAAAACAAUCGGAAAUCGGAAUGGAAAAGAUCGAUCUUCUAAGAGUCGAUCUGAGAUCGCCCAUUCCUAGAAGGAACCUAUUCCUUCUUUGAGCGUUACUUAUUCUUUGGCAAUCAUUAUAUACAAAAGAGAAAAGAUGCAGAUUGCGUACAAAUGGUACCAUUAGCUAUGGAUUCGAUAGCGGAGAAUACGAAACGUUUAAUAUAGAGAACAUUUCACCAUAUCAAAGAGAUCGCAUUGAUGGAUAAAAGCAACAGUGCCAGUGUUGAAUGUUCACGACAGCUUUGAGUUAAUUGACGCGGAAGCUUACAAGGGUUCCGUACAUCGUUGACGUUCAUGCAGAGAGUUUGUGUACUGAAUCACACGUAAGUGUUGAUAUAUGUUGACAAAGAUAUAUUAUGACGGUUGUUGAACAAAUAUGAAAUAGUUUGUGCAGGCAGAAAAUCUCUAGAACAAGAUAAAUAUAUGGAAAAUAAGGACAUAUAUCUCGUGUAUUAUUCUAACGAGGAUAAGAAUUAUCUAUCUACUAUCUUCAGUUGCUUUUGCAAAGCCAACUAUCGAUCAUUUCCAGAACCACCAAUCAGAUAAAAUUUCGGGUUUUGUGUACUUCCCUGUAUUAGUCAUAAUUCAAUACUCAUCUAUUCACACACUUACAAUAAGAACGUUCAGCAAAUUCUCAAACUAUCCAUUCAUUCAUUAUGAAUUGAUUCAGAUGCAACUUCAAACUAAGCCAACGGUAGUCCUACGUCCACCUUACGGUUAUAUCACAGAUAUAUCUAAUAGUAUUUCUGUAUCUACUAGCAAAAUUACAGCUUUAACGAUGUCACUUCUAACGGCACAGAUUGGUAGAAAUUGAAUGAUUGAUCGGAAUGUCACCAACAACCAAUAAGCCUAAAAACACUCCCAAAUUCACACAAACUCUUCCCGGCAAACCAGUCUUCAGAAUACAACUCGGUGCUGAUGCGCAACAAGAUUUUCGUACCCAGUUGAGCUCCCACUCCUUGUGCACACAUGCGCUCUGGCGAAUGAGCACGCUCCGAAACACAAAUGAAAUGUUUGGUUGUCAGCGCCGUUCUUACGCAGAGAUUUGCGCCCAGUGUUAAGCUGAGUUUUACGCUGAAAUUUGUACCGUGCUUGCGCCGCAUUUCUAUACUGCGCGCUUGAAACUGGAUUGCUCUCUCUGUUGAGAUAUUUUUCUACACACAAGCGUAUACGGUUCAAAUGGGGGCGCGCUGUUGUUUUUAUGCUUUGCUUAGAACGAACGAAUACAAAGCGGGCGCUAGAAUUUGAUGUGUAUGUGUGUGUGUAUAGAAUGAGACGCGCAUCACACAAGUGAGAAGAAAUGUUUAGUAUCUGAGUUCUGCGCCGGGUACAUUUUGCGCUGUCUUGCUUAUGAAUUUUGUGCUCUUCGCACCAAGAUAGAAUACGAGUUUUCUUUGAGCGCGCGGUGAUGAAAAUUAAACUCAAACGCAGCGCUGCGUUUGUUUUCUGAAGACUGCGGCAAACAAAUGAUUGAAAAUCCAUUUGCUUUUUACUGUUAUUUCGAAUAUUACCAAACUGUUACAUUGAAUUGUAUCGUAAUAGAUUCACGAGAAUAAACUGUCAUAUGUCGGAAUCUGCAUCUUUAUUUUGCCACUCUUCUAGACAAACUGAAUGUAAACCAACGUGCAAAUUUUGCAUCAGUAUCACUACUGUGUGCUGGAUCAAUGACACGAAAGCGACGGGUGACGGUUGUCUGUUGGAUGGCAGGAAAAAAUUCAAAUUCGUUGACCGCUGCGGUUAUGCUGGAACGGUGGCCCUCACGUAUGAGCACUGCUUCGUGGUUUGGAAAUGAAUUAUCUUCUCGGAAAGCAACUGCCAAAUUUAUUUGUGUUGACUGACGGUAGAAUCUCAAGGGGAGGGGCUUACGAUCCAAUGGUUCGCUUGAAUUCAAAUUAUAUCCCGUUGUUACUCUGGUUGCUCAUUUUGGUCUGAACCAUUUUAGGAUCACAAAUUGGACCAAUUAAAACGUGGCACUUAGCGCGUUUGAAUGAUGCUUAAAAAUUCACAAUUAUUCAAUUGUUCAUCUCAAGAAAACAAAAUGAUAUUCAUUGUUAUAGAUGCGUGGAAAUAUUGCCUAUCUAUUGAUGCAAACAUUAUUGUGAUCUAAUAAGAAAUGCUCGAGUUAUAAGCAUUCUAAAUCUUUCAUUUUUUUCUACAUUUUCAGUGUUCAGAUUUAAAUUUUAACCCCCAUAUAUUUCUGUUGGACGUAGUCCUUCGUCAGUUGGACAUGGUAACAAAAUAGAAACUGAGGUUGGCCAGGGCGACCGCAAUAUUUAUAAUGGUUUCACGGCCAUUCGACAACAUGCAUCAACCGCUGAACAAUCUUGACUUCGAUGAACUUUCAAGCAUAUUUAUAGAUUUUUGUGAUGUAAACAUUUUGUUUCAGAUCAAUAUGCAACAAACAUCACUUAUACACCCUUCAUCUUUUGAGCCGGCAAAGCGCCGCACAAAUCCUUGCAACCCAAACGUAACAUUUUCGAAUCUUGAAAAAAGAUUCGCCAUGCUGGUUCAGGUGUGUUAAGUUGAUGUCCUCAAAUCAGAGACAAUUCUGUGGAAGUUUGAAGUAAUGUUACCAAAAUAAAAUCGUCAGCAAAUUGUAUAAAAUUUCAGCCUACAAAAAAACAAAAAUCACUACAGAAAACGAUCACAACUGUAGAAGCUAUUUGAAAAAAAAAAUCCAACCUCAAAUUCAAAAUAAUGCCAACAUUCAUAGGGCGGAGCUACGGCAGAGCGACAAGCAAGUGUAUGAGUAAGUUUGAAUAGCACAAAACGAAGAAAAAAAAAUCAAGAUAGCAAACCACGCAAACAAACAAACAAACAAACGGCGCAUCGAACGUGACGACAAUCUUUCUGUAAUGUUUCAAUAAAUAUAAUCUGUGUGUGUGUGGUCGAUCGAAGAAACCGCGCACCAAACCCAAUCAUGAAAUUCCUUUCUAGAGUGCAGAUGAAUAUGCGAUGCGAUGAAAAUCAGUAAUUGUGUGAAUAACAGCAAACAAAUCUAUCCACAGACACAAACAAGCAAACAGUCAAGCAACAAUCAAAUUAAUCAGACGGAUAAACCAAACUUCCUAAACACUUUUAUUCAAGAAUAGUAACGGAGGAAGACGUGUGGGCGUGUGCAUGUUUAUGUGAGGAAAAUGUUGGGUGAGUAGAAGCAACACAAUCUUAACGCCCGUCGUAAAGUGCAUUUUUCGUUCGAAAAAAGAUCCUAAUUAGAUAAAAUCAAGGAAAUCCUACAAAAGCUGUGAAUAUGUUUAUGUGUUUAGUUAGUCCCCUUUUAAUCCAACUGGUUUAGAUCAAAAAUUUACCCCCGAAACGACCUGUCGAAAAUCGAGAAUCGACAUUUUAUAAUGUGCAUACCUCUCUCGUGUUAUUCUUUAUUUGUUUUCUCCAAAUUUGUGAUAAUUCGUUUAAUUUUAAGUGACACUUUUCUCGCUAACCUCCUGCUCGGGGAAACGAAGAGGAAAAAAAACUUGAAUACCAUAAAUCUGAAUACGAUUGCAUUUGAUUGGCGGACCCUGCGAUGGGACUCCAUUCUCGUUCCACCCGCCCCCACGCUGGUGUGUUCGAUUACUCCGAUAGCUUCUUCUUUUUCCUUCCACUAAUUCUUCCUAAUGUUAAGAUAAUUGUAUAGACGCAAACACGUCCGCGUUUGUGUGAUCGUGAUAAUGUUAGCUAGGUAUAUUAGCGUACACAAAUCCCCAUUUACGCGCAGAAGCAACCAACAACAAUAGAGCAAUGUUUAGUUUCUAUUUUGUAAGGAUGUGUCCUAUUCGUUGUUGUUGUUGUUGUUGUCAGGAAGAAGAAAACCAUUUGUCCAAGGUGUAAUCUAUUUGUGGCUAGGCGUUAGUAGUGUGUAUGUGUACAGGUUGAUGGUGGAAAGCCCUGGUCACCUAAAUUAUUGUGGGCAAAUCGACCAGCGCAACAAGAAGUAAUCUGUGGAGGUGAUAGCGUGUGUGUGUGGGAGCGAACCUAGUAACUGGAAACCAACACUAUUCAAUGAAUUUUUCUCUUAUGAAACUUUAUAUUUAUGAUAGAAUGGAAAAAAGUAACAUUUCUUCAAACAGUGUCCGAAGUGUGUUACUGGUAAAAAAUUGAGAAAUAAAUCAAGCAAAAUCAAAUCCUA